AAUGCAUGGAUAACACACAAUGUUCACUGAUUUAAAAAAAAUUUAAUUAUAAAAAUGGUAAUAAUUUUUUUUUUAAUGAUCACGUAAACCAAACAUCUACUUGGCUUUGUAGUUGAAAUGGUUGUAGACACAAUGUCAUGAUUUCCUGUCAGGUAUAGACAGAAUGCGGUUACAACAGGAUGCUUUUCAGAGAAAUCAUGCAACAUCUUUGUUCGCUGAAGGUUGAGCUUUGAUUGCAGCACAAAUGGAAGCGUUUAAAAUGAUCCUCUUGACAGCAGCAGUCUGUGUGAGGGGGGCAUCUCAAGACAACGUUGACAAAACACUUCAGCCAAAACUGUCAAUAGAGUCAAAAUUGAAAUCAUUUUACCCAACUGAAAAAGUGACUCUGAAGUGUUCAGUUGACGGAGAUUCAAAUAGAUGGACCUAUGAAUGGUUCAGAGACGCAGUGCAGCUUCCUAAGGAUGAAGACAUUUCCUUAUCGAGAAACACACUUUCAAUCAACUCAGCAAAAGUGAGUCAUUCAGGAGUCUACACUUGCAAAGGAAAACAUCUGUCAAGAAUGGAAAUGCCUACAUCUCCAAGCAAAAAGGUGGAACUUCGUAUUUAUGGCAAGUAAAGACUCUUCUGCAAAUAUAAACAUCUGUCUUUGAAAGAAAUAAAAAAAAAGUUUAGAAACAGGUUAUAAAUUAGUUAAAUUUACCACUGUGAUUCUUAGGUGCGAUGCCAAAACUACAAAUCAAAAAACGUCAGUGGUUUAAGCCAUUCUACACUGGGGAGAAAAUCCAGAUCAGUUGUGAAAGGAUUGGUGUUGGUUGGGAAUACAAAUGGUAUAGGAUCAAAGAAUCAAUUAAAACUGUUAUUAAAGAUGCAAAGCCAACCUUCAAGAUCAACUCUGCGUCUCUCUCUGACACUGGCGGAUAUCUCUGCAAAGCAAAAAGAGGAAACUUAUCAGUGGAGAGUGAGACGCUACAAAUGGAAGUUCAACAGCUGCCUCUACCACACAUCCAAUCUGAAUGGACAGAAGCGUUUCCUGGUGAGAAAGUGUCUAUGCAGUGUGUGCUUCACAAUACAUCAGAAAACUGGAUCUACUCGUGGUUCAGGGGCUCAAUAGAAAUUGUCCCUAAUAAUGUAACAAGCAUAAAAGUAAACACUCUCACACUCUUAGUUCAGUCCAAUCAUAAUGGAGAGUAUGAGUGUCAAGCUGAGCUGAAGGGCAGGAUGGUGAAAACGGCAAAAAGCAAAACACAAUCAUUAACAGUUCAUGCAUCACAGCCAACAAUCCUUCUCAAGCAAGAUCCAGCAUAUCCAGAGUUAUACACGGGGGAACAAGUCAAACUUCACUGCAGCAUUCAAGAGCAAAUGUUUCAAUGGGAAUACCUGUGGCAGAAAGAUUCCGGUGGCAAAAAGGUGCAAGUAAACAGUGACUUCAAAAACCCUGUUUACACAGUCUCAAGUACUGUAUACUCAGACAAUGGGUCAUACACUUGUCAAGUAAAAACAAGAGGGGUCACAUUUACAUCAACUGAGUUUAUAAAUCUGGUCAUAAGAGAACCACCUCAACCGAAAUUGUCAAUAGAGUCUGAAUGGAAAUCUUUUUACCGAACUGAAAAAGUGACCCUGAAAUGUUUAGUUGAUGGGGAUUCGAAUGAAUGGGGCUAUGAAUGGCUCAGAGAUGCAGUGCAGCUUCCUAAUGAUGAAAGCAUUUCUUUAUCUGGAAACACGCUCUCAAUCAGCUCAGCAAGCAUUAGUCAUUCAGGAGUGUACAGCUGCAAAGGAAAACAUCUGACGAGAACACCAGUGACUACAGCAGAAAGUGAAAACAUGCAGCUUCGUGUUGACGGCAAGUAA